UCGUACAGAAAAUCUACAUUAUUAGAUAGAUUGUCAGUCGAUAUGUAACACUUAUGACUAUUCUAUUAUCUCGUUGAUUUAAUUUUUAUUUUUAUUACUUGUAAUUAAAUAUUUAAUGUACUUAAUGUUAUGAGUGAAACUAAUAAUGAAGUUUUUGUGUUGUCGAUCGUCACUGUGUCAAUCCAAGUGGAAUUUUGAUCUGACAAAAAAAAAGGCUCAUAAAGUAGAUAGUAACAAUAAUAAUAAUAAUAAUAAUAAUAAUAAUGAUGAGCAACAGGUAUACAGACGAUUGUCUAAUGUCCGUAAGGAUGAUAUUUUUGGUGACCACGCGAGAAUUUCAAAGACGCCGACUGUUUAUGAAAAAACUACCGAAAUAAAAUCAAAAUUGCGCGAUGCGAUAAAGAGUAACGAUUUUUUGAGUAACCUUAAUGAUACUCAAGUAGAUGCAUUGAUAAGCGCAAUGUAUCCCCAGGAUGUUCCACCAAAAACUCGUUUAAUUAAUGAAGGUGAUGUAGGAUAUCAUCUUUAUGUAUCAGAGGAGGGAAUUUUUGAUAUUUAUAAAGGAGAAAAAUAUCAAGGGUCAUUCGGUCCUGGCGUUGUCUUCGGAGAACUUGCGUUACUCUAUAAUGCUAAACGAUUUGCUUCUAUAGAUGUAAAAGAAAGUGGAAAAGUUUGGGUAUUGGAUAGAAAAUCAUACCAAGCAGCAAUAAAAGAUGAUAUUGAAAGGAUAGCGGAAGAUAAUAUUGAAAUGUUACGUAAAAUAUCAUUUCUUCGAGAUCUUUCGAGUCAUGUUUUGAGAAAAAUAUCUGAUUUGAUGUACGUAAGAUUUUUUCCUGCCGAAACUUGUAUUGUAGAUGAAGGCGAGACUGGUGAUAAAUUUUUUAUUGUAAAUUGUGGACACGUUAAAGUUACAAAAUUCAUGGAAGGUCAGGAAAUAACAAUUACUGAAUUAGAUAAAGGUGAAUAUUUUGGAGAAAACUCACUCUAUGCAAAUAAAAAUAACGUAAGAAAAGCUAGUGUCGCUAAUUUCGUUGCUGUUGCACCUGGAGUUGAAUGUGUGAUUAUUGAUAGGAAGACUUUUUUAAAUUAUCUUGGAGACUUAGAGUCGAUUAAAAAAAGAGAUUGGACUGCCGAGUACGAGGAACGUAAAAAAUCACUAGAUAUUAAAUGGAAAACUGAAUAUCCAGAUUUAAAACUGUCAGAUUUAGAUAUUAAAAGUGUUAUUGGUAAAGGAAGUUUCGGCAGAGUGUUAUUAGUUACAAGUAAAUCAAUACCAAAUAUGAGUUUCGCCUUGAAAAAAAUUUCUAAAGGUCUUAUAUGUAAACUCAACUAUCAAAAAUAUAUAUUAAAUGAAAAAUUUGUUAUGCAAGCGUCUAAUUCACCAUUCAUUUGCAAAUUGUACAAGACAUUUAAAGAUCCCAAAUACGUUUAUUUAUUAAUGGAAGCAUGUUUGGGUGGUGACCUACGAACAAUGAUCUACAGAAAUGGAAAAUUCAACAAUUCGGCAGCUAAAUUUAUAACAGGAUGUAUUGUCGAAGCUUUAGAUCAUUUACAUUCACUUGAUAUUAUUUGUAGGGAUUUGAAACCAGACAAUAUCUUACUAGACAGUUAUGGAUAUGCAAAAUUGACUGACUUUGGUACGAGCAAGAGAAUAGGUCCUUACAAAACAUGGUCUUUUGUUGGUACUGCUGAAUACAUGGCUCCAGAACUAAUUUUAAAAGAAGGACACGAUAGGGCUGUAGACUUUUGGGCAUUAGGAAUUUUAAUAUAUGAGUUAUUAACAAGUAAACUACCGUUUGAAGAUAAUGACAAAUUACGUCUCUACAAUAAAAUUAUUAAAGGUGGUGUCAAUGAUGUUCAAUUCCCGGGGUAUAUGAAACUGAAUGCCGUGGAUAUUAUUCGUAAACUAUUGACUGCUAAACCCGUUGAACGACUGGGAUAUUUACGGAAUGGUAUCAUGGAUAUACGGAAUCAUAAAUGGUUUAAACUGUUCGACUGGAAGUCAUUGAGGAAUAGAAUGAUGCGCUCGCCAGUUGAACCAAAGCUCAAAAGCCACUUGGAUGUUAAAAAUUUCGAAAAAUUUCUGGUGGAACGAGAAAACAUCGCUAACGAUUUUUCUGGAUGGGAUGCUGAUUUUUGAAUUUCUACUAAAAAUGGAAGCUUUUUCAAAUUUACAUUUAUAAGAUUGAAAAUUUCAAUAAAUAGAUGAUUUGACGUUCCUUAAGUUGUCGUCUACUGCUGGUACAGUGCAGGGAGACUGCCAUAUAUAUUUCUCUAUGAAAAGUAUCCCA